AUGUUAGCCAAAGCUUAUAGUCAUACCAGAUAGCUUAUAGCCUAAACCUCUUCCCCUCUUUUAAACUUCACCAAAAGAGGAGUCUACAAGGCUGGUACUGAACCUUACGUUUUUAUUAACUAGCAUACCAAGGUUAUCUGCCAAGGCAUGACUGGAAAGCAUGGUACAUUCCAUACUCAGCAAGCUAUCGAAUACGGAACUAAAAUGGUUGCUGGAGUCAAUAGCAGAAGAGCAGGUACUACUCACUUGAAUCUCCCAGUUUAUGGAACCGUAGCUGAAGCUAAGAAAUAUACUGAUUGUGAGGCCACCGUCAUCUAUGUACCUCCUCCUUUCGCUGCUGAAGCUAUUCAAGAGGCUGUCGAAGCAGAAGUAGAUCUCGCAGUUUGCAUUACUGAGGGAAUCCCUGCACUUGAUAUGAUCAGAGUAAAGUCAAUGAUCAAGGCUUAAACCAAAACUAGAUUGAUUGGACCUAACUGUCCAGGUAUUAUCAAGCCAGGUGAAUGCAAGAUUGGUAUUAUGCCAGGCUAUAUUCACACCUAAGGAAAUAUUGGUAUCGUUUCAAGAUCAGGAACCCUCACUUAUGAGGCAGUCGAUCAAACAACAAGUGUCGGGCUGGGUCAAUCAACCGUCGUUGGUAUUGGUGGAGAUCCAUUCAACGGAACCAACUUCAUUGAUGUUCUUGAGAGAUUUGUCGUAGAUCCAGAGACUCACGGAAUCAUCAUGAUUGGAGAAAUUGGAGGAGAAGCCGAAGAAGAAGCUGCUGAGUGGCUUUCAAAAAACAACCAUAGAAAUCUUCCAAUCCUCAGUUUCAUCGCAGGACAGACUGCUCCCCCAGGCAGAAGAAUGGGUCACGCAGGUGCUAUCAUCUCCGGAGGAAAGGGUGGUGCUAGAGACAAGAUCAAGGCUCUUGAGAAGAACGGAAUCCACGUCGUACACAACCCAGCUAAAAUGGGCGAAGGUAUGGCCAUGCUUAUGGGAUAGAGAAGAAGCGAAGGUGUUCAUCUCUGA